AUGGAGGGGCACAGGUGCGGGCUCUGCUUCCGACGAUUCUCCAGUGGACGCGCUCUCGGCGGCCAUAUGCGAUCUCACGUCGUGCAGCGGAGGCUGAGGACAGCGUCGCCGUUCGCUUCCUCGAGGGUCUUCCCGGAAGCGGCGACGUGGGAGAACCGGACCAGGCGCCGAAGCUUCCGCGGCGGAUCCUCCCAUGUCGGGGAGAGCGAGGAGGAGGAGGAGGAGUCGUUCCAGCGGCGGCUGGAUCGUCCUCGCCGAAAAGAAGAUCUCUCCGGCGAGACCGAGCCGCGCAGCUCCGUCUCCGAUAGCGUCCGGGAGGAGGACGUCGCGUUCUGCCUCAUGUUGCUCUCGCGCGACGCUUGGUCCAAGACGGUAACGAAGCGCUGCCAGUCCGUCGACGAGGAGGAGAUUCACUACGGAAGCGAGGAAAAAGAGUACGAAAACGACGGCGAACUUCCGCCGCUCGCCGCCAGUAAAUCGUGCCCGAAGAGGACCAAGUAUCAGUGCGACACUUGCCGGAAGUCCUUCAAAUCGUACCAAGCGCUCGGUGGCCAUCGUGCGAUCCAUAAAAGAAAAGGAACAGAGUGCACCACGACCACCGCCGGAGUCGGAAUCCACGUCGGCGAUCCAAAGCCCGCCACCACUGCCCAGCUCUACCACUGCCCUUACUGCCCCAGGACCUUCAUCUCCGGCCAGGCCCUCGGCGGCCAUAAAAGAUCCCAUCUUGCCGCCUCCACCACUUCGCUUGGCGGCUUCGUAGACAUCAAUCACCCAGCUCCAUCGGAGGAAGAAACCGAGCUCUCCGCCGUCUCUGUCGCAUCGGAGCUCGCGUCAAAAUGCUCGGAGCUCUCCCAAAGACGCCAUUUUUAAGGACAUUAAAGGUAAAAUUCUUCUCUAUACAAUAUAAAAAUCUCAGCUUUGGGGGUUAAACAAACUUGAAACAGAGUUUGAAUUUUUGCAAGCGAACUGUGUUCUUGCUGCUUCCUUAGAAUUGUUCUUUAGUUCUUUUAUAAGAUUUAAAAGAUCAUGAACUACUCAACUACUUCCUUGAA